UUGAAAAUGAGCCUGAAGUCUCCGAAAAAUCCAGACUGUAGUCACCGAACCGAAUCCGAAUGCACCAACGGAAGCUGAGGCGCCCUGCCGUGCAUAUAUGACAGCAUUAAAGACAAGCAUUGUUUAUAUGUUAUAUUUUUGAUUCAGUCCACGAAGAAAUUCCUAUUGCAGUACAUUCGUUUUGUAUGACUUGUAAUGUAAUUCUCAGUAGUACCCAUUGAAGGGAAAAUGGAUACAUUUUAUAUUGUGGUUGAGAUUUACUAGUACAACUUGGAAUGUAGCGUAGACUUGAAUAAUGGAUGGCACAAUAUGGACACUAGCACUCAUUGCUUAGCUUUAAGAAUAAUUAUCGGUUCUAAGAGUUCAUGGAGUGGUGGCUUCGUUCGAAUUGGUUGAAUAUUUCCCUGCAUCUUAUAGAGUUAACGUUGUUUAUGUCGUAUGUAGAUGCAGCAGUCCAGUUUACUGUUGUUGCUCCAAAGGUAUUCUAUAUACCAGUUAAUGGAACGGCCAAGUUCAACUGGGAUUAUACAGUAACAGAUAGAGUGAAUGAACUCAAGGAUCACUCGCCAACAUGGGAUCUAUACUUACCAAAUGGAAGCUCUACGCAACUUGCCUAUGAAAACACCAAUAAUAGAUCUUGGAGGUUAUCAGAUUCCUGUCCUUUAAACUUGCGAGCUCGCAUAAAGAUUGAGUUGCCCGCAACACUAGUUAUUUCACAAGUAACAUUAGAGGACACGGGUAUAUAUGGAUGCAGUUUGGUAUUGAAUACUGGGGCACCUCUAACAAACACUUCACAUCUUAUUGUGUUUGAUCCUCCUACUUUCAUUAAUGCUCCUUCUGGUACGAUUGAGGUAUUAGAAGGUGGAGCCUUAGACGUGAAAUGUUUAGCCAAUGGUAAUCCUGUGCCAAUAGUCAAAUGGUAUGGUCCAAAAGGAAGGUCAAAAAUCAUAAGCAGUGGAAGAGGAAGUGCUAGUUUGAAAAUUCAAAACAUCAGAAGAUAUUCGAAUGGAACUUAUGAAUGCCAAGCCAACAAUUAUCUUCAACAACCAAUCACCAAGCAGGUCUCAGUAAUAAUAUAUUAUCGACCUGCAGUUGAUGUAGCACCAUCAACAUUACUAAAUGCCCCUUCCUGGAAUAACCAUCUAGUGAUCCUACACUGUCUGGCUUUUGGUAAUCCCUCACCAGUGAUAUCAUGGAAAAACCCGAAUGGAUAUAAUAUCCAGUAUGGUGUUAGCAGUACCAAGGAUGGAAGUCUAUUAACAUUGAUUACCAGGGAAGACGAUGAUUAUGGAGAAUAUAAAUGCCGUGCAACCAACUCUUUGGGCUAUGCUGAGUUGAUUUACAAGGUUUAUAAGAUUGCUGUUCCUGGCCCACCAGUGAUAAGGGAAAUUACUAGCAAACCAUUUUCAAUAUAUAUCAAAUGGCGAAGGGCUCCUAAUAAUGGUGGAAGUCCCAUAAUAGACUAUAAAAUAUCUAUUAACACUAAUCCUAUAAAAGAGGUUUCUAUCAAGGACACUUUUAUUGUUAUUGGUGCAUUGGAAGGAAAUACCAUUUACUCGAUAAAUAUUUCAGCCAGGAAUCUUGUUGGUUAUGGAAAUGUGACAAGUAUCAUUGAAAAAACUCAAAAAGGUUCAAGCGUACCGUCUGCUAAAAGUACGAUAGCGCUGGCGGUUUGCUUACCAAUCAUAUUUAUUCUGUUGCUUGUAAUAGUAGCUCUUUUAAUAUAUUUAUGGCGGAAAAAAAGAAGAUCCAAAGGUGUAAACCACCAAGAUGGCGGAAUUCUAAAGCUAGAUACGAACUUGGCGACAGAGGAUGAACGAAAUUCAGAGGAAAGAGGCAAAUACAAUGGUCAUAUUGGAGCUGAAGCCGGUCAUAAGAGUGGAUCUUGUUUCCAGCCUUUCGUAAAACGACCAAAACGCCGACCAGGUCAGCCCAGGUCGAAGCCCCUUCACAUCCUUGAGCCAAUAAAAGAAGAAAUCAUUGAAGAAAAAGCCCCGGACCAAGAACACGAAGAAAGAAUAAAAGUAGAUAAAAAAAUCUCAGAAAAUGGACGAACGUCUGGACCCGUUGAGUAUGAGGAAAUCACAAUUGAGCCAGGAAAUUCGGAUGUCGAACCCAAGUUUGGCGAAUUCUCGCUAGCAUAACAAAGAGACGUGAAUUUUAUUUUCUGUAUACAUACGAAUACACAUACAUUUUUUUGAACAAUUUUAUUCGAUUUUUAUCAGAGACGCAUAAAGAAUUUAAUGCAAAGUAGUAUAUUUUGAAUGAACAAUGUACACUGAUGUGUAUUUAUUUUCCCGUUAUCUUAGUAAAACAAAAUGUGAUUUUGCGAAAUAUGAUUUUUAUUACCCAAAUUUCCAAAUAACCAAUGUUUCUAUUGACAGCGGUUAAGCGUGGUGUUUGGUAAGCAUUUCAAAUAUAUGAGCAGCCGACCAAAAAUGUUUUUUUAUUUCCUUGUGAUAUGUGUUGAGUGGCUGAGGGAAUUUUAAAUAUCUUAAAAGCAAUGCGUUCCAAAUAUUUACGUGCUGCUUAAAACCCCCUCGCCCGCCAAAACUUUGCUACACGCAUUCUGUUAUAAUCUACUAGGGAGAGAAAAUCAAUAAAUAACCAUAUAUAACAACAA